GAAGCAGGAGGGGGAGAACUGGGGCAUUUCAGUGCACUGCAGGAUGGCGUCGCCUCUGUCCUGGUUGUACAUGAUUCUGUGGGUAGAAAAUGCCCUAGGAAAACUUGAAGAUGAAGGAAAUUUCUACUCAGAAAAUGUCAGUCGGAUCCUGGACAACUUGCUAGAAGGUUAUGACAAUCGGCUACGGCCAGGAUUUGGAGGUGCUGUCACUGAAGUCCAAACAGACAUCUACGUGACGAGUUUUGGGCCUGUGUCAGAUGUGGAGAUGGAGUAUACGAUGGACGUUUUCUUCCGCCAAACUUGGACUGAUGAGAGGUUGAAGUUUGGGGGGCCAGCUGAGAUUCUGAGUUUGAAUAACUUGAUGGUCAGUAAAAUCUGGACACCUGACACUUUUUUUAGAAAUGGCAAAAAAUCAAUUGCUCACAAUAUGACAACUCCUAAUAAACUCUUCAGAAUAAUGCAGAAUGGAACCAUUCUCUACACCAUGAGGCUCACUAUCAAUGCUGACUGUCCUAUGAGGCUGGUUAAUUUCCCUAUGGAUGGGCAUGCUUGUCCACUCAAGUUUGGGAGUUAUGCCUACCCCAAAAGUGAAAUCAUAUAUACAUGGAAAAAAGGACCACUUUACUCAGUGGAAGUCCCAGAAGAAUCUUCAAGCCUACUUCAGUAUGAUCUGAUUGGACAAACAGUAUCUAGUGAAACAAUCAAAUCUAACACAGGUGAAUAUGCAAUAAUGACGGUUUAUUUCCACUUGCAAAGGAAGAUGGGCUACUUCAUGAUACAGAUAUAUACUCCUUGCAUCAUGACAGUCAUUCUUUCCCAGGUGUCUUUCUGGAUUAAUAAGGAAUCUGUGCCAGCCAGAACUGUCUUUGGGAUCACCACUGUUUUAACCAUGACCACUUUAAGCAUCAGUGCCCGGCACUCCUUGCCAAAAGUGUCUUAUGCGACCGCCAUGGAUUGGUUUAUAGCUGUUUGCUUUGCUUUCGUCUUUUCUGCUCUUAUUGAGUUUGCGGCUGUCAACUACUUCACCAAUCUUCAGACUCAGAAGGCCAAAAAGAAGGCUCAGAUUGCAGCCUCACCCCCUGUGACUAUCACAAAAGCGACUGAACCCUUGGAAGCUGAGAUUGUUUUGCAUCCUGAUUCCAAGUAUCAUCUGAAGAAAAGAAUCACCUCUCUGACCUUGCCAAUUGUUCCAUCUUUUGAGGCCAGCAAAGUCCUCACGAGAGCUCCCAUCUUACAGUCAACACCUGCUACACCCCCACCCCUCUCUCCAGUCUUUGGAGAUACCAGUAAAAUAGACCAAUAUUCUCGGAUUCUCUUCCCAGUUGCAUUUGCAGGAUUCAACCUUGUAUAUUGGAUAGUUUAUCUUUCCAAAGACACAAUGGAAGUGAGUAGCAGUGUUGACUAGCUUGCAGCCACAAUAGCCUGUAUUCUAUAGGUUCUCAUUUUCUGAAUUAAAGAAACAUCAGUAAGACCUGCAGAGAUGAUUUUCUGAAUAUGAAAUCAAAAUUGAAAAUCUGUUAUCCAUGUCUUUGAAUAAGCAUGUAUGGGCAAAAAAGCAAUAAUAUUACUCCUCAAUAUUGGAAGUUGAAGGUUGUUGAAAAAUAGGAAUUAUCUGUACAUUAGAGAAACUUCUGUAAUAGGAUAAAAUGUAUACAAGAUGAACUUGCCAGUCUUUGUCCUUCAUUGUUCAAUAUUUUAAUUGUCACUGUGAAUAGCAUUUACCACAA